AGCAGUCCGCGCCGGGGGCUGCUGGGAAAACGGCUUCGGAGCGGCGUUUCUGCGGCUGCGGCGGACAGCGAAACUGCUGCGGUUCCUGAGCCAGAGGAAAGCUGUGAGGAAAACAAGAUAUUUUCCUGAGGUUUAUAUCCUCCCUUGAUUGCCUUUUCUUGAAGUAUUACAAAUCAGGAUGUCUGCACAGUCAGUGGAAGAAGAUUCAAUACUUAUCAUUCCAACUCCAGAUGAAGAGGAAAAAAUUCUGAGAGUGAAGUUAGAGGAGGAUCCUGAUGGUGAAGAGGGGUCCAGUAUUGCCUGGAACCAUCUGCCGGACCCAGAGGUUUUCCGGCAGCGAUUCAGGCAGUUUGGAUACCAGGAUUCACCAGGCCCCCGGGAGGCUGUGAGUCAGCUUCGAGAACUUUGCCGUCUAUGGCUCCGGCCAGAGACCCACACAAAGGAACAGAUUUUGGAGCUGGUUGUGCUGGAGCAGUUCGUUGCCAUCCUACCCAAGGAGUUGCAGACUUGGGUUCGAGAGCAUCAUCCAGAGAAUGGAGAGGAAGCAGUGACAGUGCUGGAGGAUUUGGAGAGUGAACUGGACGACCCUGGACAGCCGGUUUCUCUCCGUCGUCGGAAACGGGAAGUGCUAGUGGAAGACAUGGUAUCUCAAGAAGCAGCUCAGGGAUUACCCAGUUCUGAGCUUGACGCUGUGGAGAACCAGCUCAAGUGGGCAUCCUGGGAACUCCAUUCCCUAAGGCACUGUGAGGAUGAUGCCAGGACUGAAAAUGGAGCACUAGCUUCAAAGCAGGAGAUUGCUUCAACAGGAGAAUCUCAUGGCGUUCCUGGUGCUCUUAAUAUAGGUGUUCCUCAAAUUUUUAAAUAUGGAGAAGCCUGCUUCCCCAAGGGCAGAUUUGAAAGAAAGAGAAAUCCCUCUCGAAAGAAACAACAUAUUUGUGAUGAAUGUGGAAAACACUUCAGUCAAGGCUCGGCCCUUAUUCUUCAUCAGAGAAUUCACAGUGGGGAGAAGCCCUAUGGAUGUGUUGAAUGUGGGAAAGCCUUCAGCAGAAGUUCCAUCCUUGUACAACACCAGAGAGUCCAUACUGGAGAAAAACCUUACAAAUGUCUUGAAUGUGGGAAAGCCUUUAGCCAGAAUUCUGGGCUUAUUAAUCAUCAGAGAAUUCAUACUGGGGAGAAACCUUAUGAAUGUGUUCAGUGUGGGAAAUCCUAUAGUCAAAGCUCAAAUCUUUUUAGACACCAGAGAAGACACAAUGCAGAGAAACUUCUGAAUGUUGUGAAAGUUUAAGAAAUUACAAAAAAAAAAAAAAAAAUCAACACUCAGGUCUUUUUCUUCAGAUAUGAAGACAAAAUUAAAACAUGAAGUUAUACAGAAUAGUUUUUUUCCCUGUUGACUGUCAGAAAAGUCCACUGGGAAAUAUAAAAGAAAUCUUUGCUCACCAUUAAUAUUUUAUCUGGAAAGAAAUGGUGUUAUGCCUGCCUAGAAACUGAAAAUUUAAAUUUAAUUCAGGUGUUAAUGCCUAAAUUUUACAUGUGAUGUAUUUUCUAUUUUUUUCCUCCAAACAAUGAACUACCUGAUUCUUUGUCCCUUAAAAGUUUUCUAGACAGAUACCUUGUUUAUGAUUUGAUCAUUGAAAUGCUUUGUGUAAGUAUACAUUCCCUUCUACUUUUAAAAGUCAGAAUAGGGACUAUAAAGUCUGAGAACCAUCAUCAUCCACUUAAAAGUAUCUUAUAAAAAACUGACCUCUUUCCUUUUACAUCAUUUGAAUAUAUAUUUGAGAAAAUAGAAAAUAAAGGAUGGAUAAUAGCCUCAAAGAAAAUGAGCCUUAAGAUCUCAGAGAAGUGAUGUGGUAGCACUUCCUUCAUAAGGGAAGGGAGGACAUCCACGUUGGGAAGAUACCCAGAUACUUGGAUCUAAGCAGUCAAAUGUGUCAGUUUUUCUUAAGUACAGUUAUCUUUCUGCAGGAAAAAGAAUAAAAACAAAACUCAUUCAUUAGGACACAUCUUAUUAAUGGAAAUAAAUGUUUUUUCCCCAUGUUUUACUAAAGAGUAGACAGUCUAAACAAUAGCUAUAAAAGUAUAAAGAGAACACUAAGGAGGAAUUUGUAGCAUAUGGUAUAAGGUAAUCUGUCUUGGCUUUUAGAGAAAGAUUCACAGAUGUAAUUCAUUGUUAUUUUACCUUUAUCUUUGUUAAGUACAGAAAAAAUGCCUGACAAGAGGACAAACAAGUAUCAGGUUUGCUAUUUUCCUUUGGUACAAAAGGGUUGACAACAGGCUAGAACAGCCAUGUGUUUAUUAGUAAACAUUUUCUACUGAGAAGGCACUGUGCUAGGUACUGUAAUCCUACCCUAAGUAGGUAGGUGUUUCUUUCACUGUAAGUCCUAGGAGGGUUAGUAAGAAGCCUUUUUAUGUAUUUAGCCUCUUUCCCUAUCAGCAUUCACAGGGGAAGUUACCUCUGAGAUUCCCAGAGCAGUAGUUCUUUUAGUAGGGUGUUGUGUUUGGAAGGAGAGAAGGACUGGGCUCAGACCUAGCUAGCUCUCCAGGAGUCUUCUUCAGAGGUGAGUACAAGAUAAUUCUGUGUCACAGUUUGGAGGAGGAAUUUUUUUCAAAACAUGUACUCAGUUUCUAGAAGAUUAGAUCAUACUUACAUGUUAAGUUGAAUGGACUACUUUAAAAAUAAACAACUAGGCUAUUAACUAGUUUAUUAACAGAAUUGGUUGAAGUAUUUUUGAUUUUCAUUCUUAACACAUUUUUUAAAAAAAUGUAUUAAAGUAAUACAUUGUAGUAGUAGGAUUUUAUACUCCUUGGCUGAGAAUUCCGAGUACUGUGGUUCUACUGUUGGGUGGAAAAUUCUGGAAGUUAAAACAUUGAAUAUAAGAAAAGGCUUUUAAAAUGGUCAUCAUUGUAUGUGAGGUGAUCCAGGCAAAUAUAGAUAGUACAUAGUUCUGGAGUUUUGGUUUAUAUCUGGUUCUUGGAUCAAAUUUUAAAAUGUAAGGUGAGAUUUGUAUGAGAAAAGUAAUAAAUUCAAGGCCAGCUGGUGAGAACUGAAGCAGAAUGGAGCUUGUUAAUAGAUUUUUCUGAUAACAAUUAUAAGAAAUGUGCUUUAUAGACUUAAGAUUUAUUGAAGUAUAAAUAUGUAGUAAUGAUAUAAUGUAUUUUAAGUUAUACCAGAAAGUGUAGGGACUUUUGUUUGAGUCUUUCUCUGUGCUGGGAGGAAACAAGUCAAUUUCCAAUAAAGCUAUAAACUCCUCUGCUCUAAGAUAAAAUGAUCUUGAUUGAUUUAUUUAUAACUGGCCUUUUUUCCAAGUAGGUUUUGAGGUGGCAUAUUUGGAAUGCUGGAAUUUCACAUUUAAAGAUCGUCUUUUCUAUAUACAAGGAAGCUUCCCUGGGGUAGAUGUGUUAUGCCAAAGAUGUUUGGUAAUUUGAGAGCACAGAAAUGAGUUAGCAGAUGUGAUCUGGUUCCAGGUCUGAUAUCUGUACAUUGUUCAGAAAUGAUUCUUGGGCAAGGGAAAGGUCUGGAGAAAGGAGACUGGAUCAAAACAAACAAGAAAACAUUGAUAUUGGUAUAUAAGGGCGGGAAUGAUGGGAUGUGUAUUUACCAUCUCCAGUUAGGCUUAAGCCCCCACUAGACAAAUUGACUUAAAAUAACUUUGGUGUGAUUUAUGAUUUCAUCCAAAUAUUCAUCCAUACCCGAUCAGGUAAUCAGUGAGCUGGGGGGGGUACCUAGCUUCCAGUUUAGUGGUGAUACGGCAACAACCAGUGUCCUAAUUAGAAUAUCUGUUUAGCAAAUGAGCAGCGUUGUCAGGGCACAUAGAUUGCUGAGUAUCUAUUAGUUUCUGGUAAAUGUUCUGGUGGCCUUGGAGGUUAUGCUGUUCAUAUUCACACUCAGUUAACAUCUAGUCUUUAGCAGUGUCUUACAUUUGUGUAAGCUAAGGGGAGGGUUCCAUGUUUUUAAAUAAUCUGCAUGCUGAGCAUUGGAUUAGACACUAUACCUACCUCAAUAAUUGUAGACUAGGAAAGUAAGAUUCAGAUCUUGACUUGCAUGUGACUAACUAGAGCUAAAACUCAAAUCUAGUUCUGUAGACUCCAAGGACAUGAUUUUUGUGUUAUGAGUGGUCGCAGUUAAAUUUUAAUCAAUACCGCUUUUGUUUGAGCAAAUGUAAAACUAUUAGUUCAUUUCAGAUUUUCAUAGUACAGAAAUGUAAAAUGAAAAAUAUUUUAGAAUG